CAAAGCUCUCUGUCCGUCGUCUGGCCUGCGAGCGCUAUCUUGCCCGGCCGCUGCGAUCCCAUCUGGCUGCUGCUAUUCCGUCCGGCUCGUCUGCUGCGUCGCUGUCCUUGCCUGCGCCGCCUCUCCUUUGUCCAUCAAGCGCUCUCGAGUCCAAACGGAAUGUCUCGCCGCACGCCAGCCGCCUCUGCCGACCCCGUCGGCGGACAGCCCAGAGAUGUCCACAAGCCCGUGCCCAAGCGAACUCGCCAUCAGCCCCGCUAUCUUUCGCUAGUCCGAGGACUCUUCCUGGCCGACAUUGUGACGCUCUGCAACAGCGCCUCGGGCUGCACCUCGAUCCUGGCCUCUCUGAAAUACGUCACGACCCAGAACGAGUGGUUCCUCUAUGCCGCCAUCUGGCUGCUUCCUGCGGCACUGUUCUUUGAUAUCAUCGAUGGCAAAGUUGCACGAUGGAGAGGCACCGAGUCCCAGCUGGGACAGGAACUUGAUUCUCUCGCCGAUGUCAUCUCGUUUGGCGUCGCUCCCGCCGUACUUGGCUUUGCCGUUGGGCUCCAGGGCCUGUGGGAUCUGCUCAUCCUCCUGUACUUUGUCAACUGUGGAGUCGCUCGUCUGGCCCGAUACAACGUGACGGCCAUCACAAACAAGGACCAUACUGGAAAAGUCCGAUUCUUUGAAGGAACACCCAUUCCCACAACGGUCUUGAUUGCUCUCCUGAUUGCGUAUCUAUCUACGAUCGGUCUCAUUGGCGACGUCUCGCUGCCGGGCGGCAAGUUUAUCUUUGCUGGCUGGACAUUCCAUCCCUUUGUCCUGGUUUACGCUAUCAGCGGCACAGCACAGAUCAGCAAGAAUCUGCGGAUACCCAAAUUCUGAGUGAAGCUCGCGCUGAUGUCUCUCGACAAGAUGCUGCGGUCAAGUGCGGGUUUCUGUGAACGGAAACCGAGCCAGGGAUAGGUAGCCAUGCGGUCUGGUGCAAUCCUGUCCGAUGCCGCGAUCGCCUGCUCCUCUGCCAGCGGACACUCGCACCUUUGCUCAAUAAAGAGUAUCCGAAAUCAAGCGACA